CAGUGACUGUUAUUUUAAAACGGUGUUUGCCUGAAUAAUUAGUCCUACUCUCAUUGUUGCUCGUUCACAAAAAUGACGACAGAAAACAACAUAACACAGAUAUUUUCUGAUUUUCAACAGUAUCUUGAGAAUGAACAACAACUUAGGGAGGAUAUAAGAUCAGUGGUUAGGGAUGUGGAGCAGACUGCAAGAGAAAUAUUGACCCAGUUGCAUAGUGUACACCAGCCAGAUGGCAUCAAAUCAGUAUCAAUUUUCUGUGAAAAAUGUGUGCCAAUGUUUGAAACCAUUCGACAGAAUAUGGGUGUUCUUGGUGCAAAGGUACCAGCAAACCAGUAUUACAGGUAUAAUGAUCAGUGGAGAUUUGUAAUACAGAGGUUAGCCUUUCUCUCUGCAUACUUGACCUACUUACAGUCAGAAACAUUGGUAACCAGGGAAACAGUAGCACAGAUGAUUGGAGUGAAAGUAGACAGACAGCAAGGUUUUCAUUUAGAUUUGGAUGACUACUUAAUGGGCUUGUUACAGCUUGCCAGUGAACUGUCGAGGCUUGCAGUAAACUCAGUGACAGCAGGGGACUAUGGAAGGCCUAUGAGAAUUGCCAAAUUUGUAGGAGAACUGGACUCCGGAUUCAGGCUUCUCAACCUUAAAAAUGACUCUUUGAGGAAGAGAUUUGAUGGCCUGAAAUAUGACCUGAAGAAAGUUGAAGAAGUUGUUUAUGACUUGACAAUACGAGGGUUAAAACCAGCAGAAUGAAAAGCUAGAAACUUUGUCAAAUGGGGGAACAAAAAAAAACAACUAUGCUGUUUAGUUUGCUUAAAAACACAAAUGGCUUAUUGUCUCUGUGGCAGCUAAUAGGUACAAGUGUAACACAUUUUUUUUACAAAUAUGUAAUACAGUCCUAAAGGUAGCACAUGAAAAUAAAUACCUCUUUUUUUCUGC